AUGGUGGUGGCCUUUCAGGUCAUCCACCAGGCAAAUAGGAAAGCUGUAUUUGCACAUUUCAUGGUCACAAACUCUGAGAAUUACACUGCUUCUGACUGGCAGUCAGAUGUUGGAUUAGCCCAGGAUGCCUAUAUUAAUAUGUUCACCCCAAUGCUGCAGUGUAGGAAGUAUUUAAGGGGGUGCUCCCUAUGGUCUAUACUCUACUUUAGUCAACUUAAAAGAUCAGGAAUGAUAGGCUACCUAGCAGAAGGGAAAGAUGCUAACUACAAGGGCCUAUGCAGCUUUGCCUAUAACUAUAGCUAUUAUCCAUCUGGGAUGUGUGAUACAACAGAACAUCCCAUGCCAGUGCUAAUAGUCUUGGACUUCCUGCCGCUGGCCUGUGUUGCUGGUACUGGACCUGGUCCAGUCUCCGGAUUAUGUUUGUAUGCUUGCAUCUAUGGGUAUUGUCCCAUCAAUCUAUGCUCCGGUACACAAACAGGGGCUCUUGUGCAGCUGCCCGCCCAGACAGAGGGUCCUGCCGAGGGCUACUGUCCACCUGGAACCUGCAUAUUGGAGGCGGAGCAGGAGAUCACAGAGGUGAUUGCCACAAGUGGUUAUAAUAUUUCUGACUUCGCCGACUUUAAUCUUACCAUCCUAGCGACGGCGCUGAUUAGCGAGGAUGGGUGCACUGUUCUCCAGAAAAAGCAGAUCAGAUUGGGCUGGGUGGAGUCCUGGAAUAUCAUGAAUUACAUGUAUAAGGUGGCCAAGGCUGGCAUCAACUUCAACGAGGCCGCUGCUGUUGAGUACCUGGGGCCACCAUCGAUGAAUCAGGACCAGUGGAGCAACUACAAGGCUAUAUAUCUGAACCUUGCCACCAUCCAGCCCAGCUGGAAGAUUCUCGACCUACUCAAGUGGUUUGCCUGGAAGAUUGCGUACUUCUCGUUGCAAAUACUAAAGGACGCGAUGUACUGGGCAGACACCAUGCACACUCCCAGGGAAUAUGCUGACCUGAACAACCACUAUAACAAUCAGGCCCUGGUGUGGAUUCAUGAACUGCUACACCUUAACUGGGUGUUAAUAGCCUUAAGCAGUAGUAAUAUUCACCAUGUCACUGACAUCAAGGUGGGAUAUGAGGAAGGGGAAGACUGCAUCAUGACAUACUACACUGCCUACAGGCCGUGGAUGUGCAAAGCACUGGCGCGCUUGGGAUGGAGCACAGGCCUGUGGACCAUUCAAAAUGCUGACAGUCUGACCUUAUAUGCCUUCGCUAAACUAUCUAUCCAGUUGGUCAUCGUGGGCUGGCCUGACGCCUACAACCACAGCCACAGCGGCAACGGCGGCCGCAACCGCACUUGGACUAUGAGCAUCUACAGCGAGGUAAAUUGUACUGGUGACUACUAUGUGGUGGAGGGCAAGAGCCUGGUGAUGGCCGAUCUCGGCACGUCGGACAAAAGCACGAGCGCCUCCUGCAAGUAUUACACUGCCGGCAGCGAUAGGUACACCUCGUGCGAUCAGAGCACGCUGACUGAGCCCCUGUCAUGGCAGCUGCCACAUAUAUAG